UCGCAAUUCACCACCACCCACCAUGGCGCCCCGCGACCUCGACGACGACUUUGUCCUCACCAUCUCCGACCACGAGGACAAUGUCCCCGACUACGACGCCGACGACGCCGACGCCGACGCCCCCGCUCCCACCAAUGCCAAGAAGCGCAAGCGCAAUGAGCCCGCCGCCGACGACGUGAGCAGCAAGAAGAAGGGCAAGAAGAGCAAGAAGCAGAAGAAGGAGCCUGAGCCCGAGCCUGAGCCCGAGGAGGACGACGACGACGCCGAGAGGAAUUGGGCCGCCGACGGCGAGGACGACGGCGCCAUGAACUCGGACUUUGAGUUCCAGAUUGGCGAUGGCGAUGCGGGCGUCGUCGACGACUUUGACGGCUGGGGCCUUGGCUCCAAGAACGACGAGGUCAAGAAGGGCGGCGACAAGAAGCCCGUCGACAUUGACGAGAUUAUUGCGCGCAGGCGCCAGCAGCAGAAGGAGGAGAAGAAGGCUGCUGGGGAGGAGAGCGACGAGGAGGAGGAAGAGGAUGUCGAGGGCGGUGCCGAGUUUGCUGGCCUGGAUGACGAGGAGCUCCUGGCCGAGGACGGCUUCGGCAUGGGCGCCCAGGACGCGGACGAGUCUGGCGACGAAGCGGACGAAGGCUCCGACGAGGGAUCGGACGAGGAGGACGACUCUGAGAAGGACGAGUCGGAGGACGAAGAGGACGAGGAGGCCGCAAAGCCCGUCGCGCACCCCGACGACGUCGACUCUGGGUCCUCGGACGACGAGGAAGAAGAGGACCCCGUCGAGGCCGAGCGGAAAAAGGCCUUCUUCGCGCCCGAGGAAAACCUCGACGGCCACAAGGCCCCCGCGGUCAAGGGCACCGGCUCGUUCCAGGGCAUGUCGCUGUCGCGGCCGAUCCUGAAGGGGCUGACGUCGGUGGGCUUCACGGAGCCGACGCCGAUCCAGCUGAAGACGAUCCCGGUGGCGCUGCUGGGCAAGGACGUCGUCGGCGGCGCGGUGACGGGUUCGGGCAAGACGGCGGCAUUCGUCAUCCCCAUCCUGGAGCGGCUGCUGUACCGCCCGAAGAAGGUGCCGACGACGCGCGUGGCGAUUCUGAUGCCGACGCGCGAGCUGGCGGUGCAGUGCUUCAACGUGGCCAAGAAGCUGGCCAGCUACACGGACAUUACCUUUGCGCAGAUAGUGGGCGGCUACAGCCUGCGCGAGCAGGAGCAGGUGCUCAAGACGCGGCCGGACGUGGUCAUCGCGACGCCGGGCCGCUUCAUCGACCACAUGCGCAACUCGGCCAGCUUCGCGGUCGACACGCUGGAGAUCUUGGUGCUGGACGAGGCGGACCGCAUGCUGGAAGACGGGUUCGCAGACGAGCUGAACGAGAUCCUCACGACGAUCCCGAAGAGCAGGCAGACGAUGCUGUUCUCGGCGACCAUGACCGACUCGGUCGACAAGCUGAUCCGCGUGGGCCUGAACCGGCCCGUCCGCCUGCUCGUCGACGCAAAAAAGGCCACCGUCUCGGGCCUGGUGCAGGAGUUUGUGCGCCUGCGCGAGGGCAAGGAGGACAAGCGCCUCGCGGUGCUCAUGUAUCUCUGUGAAAAGGUCUACACCGACCGCGUCAUCAUCUUCUUCCGCCAGAAAAAGGAGGCCCAUCGCGUGCGCGUCCUGUUCGGCCUCUGCGGCAUCAAGGCCGCCGAGCUACACGGCAGCAUGAGCCAGGAGCAGCGCAUCCAAGCCGUCGAAUCCUUCCGCGCCCGCACCAGCACCCACCUCCUAGCGACGGACCUCGCCUCCCGCGGCCUCGACAUCAAAGGCGUCAGCACCGUGCUCAACUACAGCGCGCCCCAAAGCCACGAAAUCUACCUGCACCGCGUGGGCCGCACCGCCCGCGGCGGCGCGACCGGCCGCGCCUGCACCAUCGCCGCCGAGCCGGACCGCAAAGUCGUGAAAGCAGCGGUGCGGGCCGCGCGCGCGCAGCACGCGCCUGUCGCCAGCCGGGCGGUGCCGCCCGAGGCGCUGGACGCGUGGGACGCACGCUUGCAGGCGCUGGAGGGCGAGGUGGAGGCUGUGCUGGAAGACGAGAAGCUCGAGCGCGAGCUCGGCGCUGCCGAGACGCAGGUGCGCAGGGGUGAGAAUCUGGUGCGCUUUGAGGAGGAGAUCAAGGCGCGGCCGAAGCGCACGUGGUUUGCGUCUGAGAGGGAGAAGGUGGCGGCCAAGGAACGGGGCGCCAGGGAGUUGAAUCUGGGUGAGGGUGGGGUGGUGGGCGAGGGCGGGAAGAAGAAGAAGCUCAGUGGCAAGGAGAAGAAACGCCUCGUGGAUCGCGAGGAGAUGGCUGAAGGUAGGAUGUGGAAGAAGGGGAAGGCGGAGCGGGCGGGGCAGGGCGCGCUGAGUAAGGCGAAGGGGAAGGGGGGGAAGAAGGGCGGGAGUGCUGCUGGUGGUGCGAAGAAGGGGGGGAUGAAGGGGAAGGGUGGCCCGAGGGGUGGGGGGAAGGGGGGGAGGCGGUAG